GGCAUCGCUCGCACGUUUCCGCUGUUUCUUCUGAUAGAUCCCUAAAAUUUCUGGAAUAAAAAGGAUAAAUAUUCCCAAGAGCAAAUCCACAUAUCGCCCUCAUUCAAACGUCACCGGAUAUUGGUAACUAUGGCAACUACCGUCGUGAUAUACGGAUAGACGAGAUAGAGGGUGCUAUAAUUCCAGCCAGAAAUGUUCAGCAACCACCCCUGUGGUUAAACAUUAGUGAACUAACUUCAUCGACGUAUGAAUAAAUUACAAUUUAAAGUCAAGUAGAGGGAAUCAUCGAUGCAGGAUAGUUAAAAUGCCGAGUACCACCAUCCACUGGCCACGGAUGAAUCAUUAUGCACGUUGACCAGGACUGGCACAAUGUGGUCAAAAUUACGUGCGUUGGGUUUUUAGCCGUAAUUGGAGCUUUUUUAAACAUUGUUGUACUAGUUAUGUUCUACAAGAAGCCUUCACUCAGAUCUCCGUCAAACAGAUUCGUCGGUAGUUUAAUUGCUUCCGAUUUGCUGUCAUCGACCGUCCUUGGUCCUUUACUGGUAUCCGGUAUAAAGACCAUCAAUAAAGCUCUUACGGUGUUCGUCGCAACAUCUACAAUAUUUUCAAUACUAGUUAUUGCGAUGGACAGAUACACAGCAGUUCUUAGUCCUCUUCAUUACGCGACAAAUGUUACUAGGCAAAAAAGUGUUCUAGUCAUAGGUACGGUUUGGAGCAUAUCAGCUGCGUUGACAUCACCAAUAUUAUUUAAGGACUUGUUAGCAUAUGAACAGUUUUCUGUGGCGAUGCUGGAAAAAACACACGGUCUGGUGCUGCUAGUGAUUGCAUUUUUAGUUCCUUGUGCUGCCCUUAUUUUGGUGUACUUCAAAAUGUACGUGGCGGCUCACAAGAACAGUCUGCGGACGCGCAAGCACAGCGUGUGCAUGGAGCCAGAGAUGUCGCGGCGCAACUCGAACGCCAUCUUCUCGGCGCUGCUGUUCCGGGAGGAGAGCCGGGCCAUGAAAACGUCCAUGAUGGUGCUGUCCACGUUCCUGUUCAGCUGGACGCCGCUGUUCGUGCACGUGUCCAUUGUCCGGUUGCCGGAAGAGGUGGUGUACACGUGCGCCCUGUCCGCGGCCACGCUCAACCCGCUUGUGUACGUGUUCCGGAACGACGCGUUCCGCAAGGAGAUGCUGCGCGUGGUCUGUAGCCGUAAACGGUUGCGUGAAUCGGCCGCGGCCAAGGCGUCCACCGGUUACCAGCAACACCGGCUGAUGACGGCCCACCAGUCCGACAGCGUGUCGGUGCACAGUUUCCGAAUGUCGUCCGUCGAGUGCCAACACUCGUUCGACUCGGUCACGCCGCCGCCCGCCGACUUUGUCGCCACGUACAAUCCGAUAAAUGGAUCAGAGCGAUGUACACGUUACGAGAGUGUUACAUUCCGGUUGGCCCAGCGCCGUUGCCAAUACUGCAGCAGACAGAGUUCGGACUCGUCGUUGAGUAGUAAUUAUCCAUUGCUGGUUAACAAAAACCGUUCAUUGAGCGAGCCAAACACACCGAAACAUCAUAACAACAACGAAAACCGAAUUGUCAUGUUUAAGGUAGCGGAAGUGGAAACCAAAAGGAACAAACUACAAAGGAUGAUGGCGAUAGACACUGAUUGUCCAUCGACUCGAGUUUAAUAAUAAUAUGCCAAUGAAACACGAGUCAGAACUCAGCUGAUCUUCUACUAUGCCGCAGCCAAUACACAGUCACCCGCCAACGUCGACAACGUUUGUCGAAGGAUAUAGUCUAUAGAGUAAUAUUUAUGUAUAUUUUUGCAUUACAUAAUGUUAUUAUUAUUAUAUUCCAUAUUGGAAUUUAGAUGUAUCAAAUUAUAUCGAUGUGUGGUAAACUUCCUCCUCUUUCCCACACAGUUGCCAAAGAAAAAAUAAAUAUUAAUUUAGUGUUAGUAUGUCAAUACACGUGACGGAAUAAUGUCAGUUAUCGGAAAACACCUGAUUACUUGGAUGCAUAAAAUAUAUUUUACGGAUAAGACUGUGGUUAUUGUGAUCUAUAAUUUAUAUAAUAUGAUAAAAGUAUGUCCAUCUGUGCACAUGCCGCGACGAAACAGUUCACUGCUGAUGUUAAUAAACCGAUGUCGCGUGUGCUGGACGACUUUUUUUACCACAGCGAAAUCUGCUCUAAUCUAAUCUCCAUUCAACGGCGGAAUAAUUAAGUUUGGUUUUUCAUCUUCGAAACAGUUUGUUUUAUAUAAUAUAUUGCACGAAUAAAUGUUAUGUUUUGUGUAUAUGCCAAAAACUGUUCAAGUCAGUGACUUAUGGUUUCAUUAAAAAUGCAAACCUAGACUAUGUAUUAAUAUUUAUUUAUUAAGUACGGAGGGAUAGUCUAAUGGUUAAUUAUUAUUAAAAUGAUAUUAUUAAAAAAUCUAUCCUACAUUAACACUAAGAAAGAAAACAAGAAUAAAUAAAUCUUAUCGGUCAAUUCUAAACCAUUUUUUAAUGAAUUUGGAACCAUUAGUUUUCAGUUUAGUUCAAAAGUAUCGGUAUAUCGUAAUAGUUAUUAUUUAGUUGUUCAAAAUAAUUUUAUGGAGGCAUCUAUUGCUGCAAUUAGAUUUAGAUUUAGCGUUUUGCGUUUAGAUUCGUGACAUCGACUAUAUCAUUCUUUACACGUCGACUAAUUUCUAUAUUAUUUUUUCGUUUUCAUAUUAUUGUGAUACUUGUCUUAUCUUGUGUGUAAAUGUUAGUCCUUUGAAAUAUGUAUUAAAAUAACAAUUCGUUGGAAAAACGAAAAAAAAAAAAAGGCUUACAGUGAAUUUUGUAUACUGUUAAUUUUAAAUUAUAAACUAUGAUCCAUGCCCAUUUAUUAUUUUCGGUAUAAAUUGUAAGCGUAAUGAGAAAAUAUAUAUUAUUAUUACAACGCUUUUAAAGUAGCUUUUUAACCCUUUUACUAGUCAACAUAAUAUAGUUUUUUAAUACUCUGAUACAACAAUGAAAGUAUUUUCAUUGUCUUUAUUUUAGUACUUCAAAAAAUUAUUUUUAUAGUUAAGGUAGCUUAUUAAAUAUAGUAUUUAUUAUUUAAAAAAUGUGCGUCUAAUAUUCUAUAGUAUACUUUCAAGUGCCUACUCAAAUGUUAUAAUACUGCAGACGCCAAGUACAAAAUUACUGAAUAAAUAAAAUAUAACUUGGAAUCGAUCACUUGUUUCUUGUAUAAGGUUAGGUCAAAAUAAAAUAAGGCAAAAAAUGUUAUUAAAUAUCAUUGCAAUAUACAGUAAAAAGAACUAAAAAUCACAUAAUAACUCGUGUCGUAUCAAAUCAACACAAAAAAAAAACGUAUCACAAAAAUGACGAAUAGGGUUUUAAUAUUCUUCGAAUGCCGAUGUAACUUCACCAAUAUAUUAUAAUAUAUAUAAUUAUAUAUAUAUAUAUAUUAUAUGUUUUAACCAUAAUUAUACAAUAUCACGAUAUAAGUUAUAAAAAUCAUAAUUUACAACAGUUAAAUUAUAAUUUUUUCGAUGUUCGAAUUUUCCCCUAUGCAUUUUUAACAUUCACACAAAGUAGAUACGAUCACGAUUUAUCUACUCUGUUUAUAUUGACAUAAAGACAAUUGAAUAAUUUCAUACACAACAAACAAUAAAUAGAUAUAAGUAUAUAUUUUUUAUGAUUACAAAGGAACGAAAUGCUUUACGUUCGCUAUUAUUAUAUUUAAUAAUUUUUGAA